CCUGGGAAGAGAAAGCAAGCAAGCCAGGCCAGAGGAAGGAGGGACCACUCAAUCCAGAUGACAGCUUGAGCAGAAGUAACAAAAGAGCCAAGAACAACUCUGCCUAAGGAGAUUCUCAGCGAGGAGCCAUGGCUCCUAAGAAACCGGCUGCUCCGCCACCCCCACCUCCACCUGAUGAAGAGGAGAUCGACUUGUUUCAAAACCCUAUUAAGAAAGUCCCCGUCAAGUAUUUGUGGUUGGGCAUCCUAGUUCUCACAGUUGUCUGCCUGAUCGUCUUAUCAAUAACAAUUAAAACAUACAACGCGCUGCUUUUAGCCGACUGGACCCCUUAUGAUGAGCCUAUGAAAAAACUGAGGACGACUUUGUCCAUCGGACUUAGGAAUCGUAAUGUCUUGUAUUACCAAAAUCCUCUGAAGGUCUCAGAUUUAGUAGAGGGCAUUCCGAAACAUUUAAAAGACUCCGAAGCAACCUAUCUGGCAGAGAAAAAGAAGUACCAGGUUUUAUACAAAAAAGGAGUGAGAUUUGGUAGCGACUGGAAGCUUUUUGGCUGGAAUUUCUAUUAUGUUUCAAAAGCAAAUGAAAGGAAAACGUGGCACGAUGCCGAGUACUUCUGCAAGUCCAGAGAUUCCCACUUGACCUCGGUCCUGAAUGAGGAAGAACAGAAGUACAUCUCUUCAAAGCUCAACGAGUCUGCCUGGAUUGGCCUAACGGAUGAAAAUGUGGAAGGCCACUGGGAGUGGUCGGAUGGUUCCAGAUUAAUAAUACAAUACUGGGCCGAUGGCAAUCCCAAUGGAUUCAUCAAUGAUGGAGAAGCAGAUGAAGACUGCGCUGCCAUAAAACCCUCAGGAAGUGAUUUAAACUGGAUUGAUGCCAGUUGCCAAGAACUUAGAAGAUGGAUUUGUAAGGAGACUAUAGAGUUUGAAAACACAUAAAGUUCAUCAACCAUGUUAACUGGAACAGGAUUAAAUGUGAAGAAAAAGGAGAAGAAAGAUGACUUUUAGAACCAAACUUCAUUGGAAUUCUAUAGCAAUCACAAAAUAAACAGGCAUCUCCAACUA